AUGUUCGUCCCAUCUGAGCCCAUCGAACAAAUUGCACUCCACGGAUUCAAUCUUCUGUCGAAUUGGGAGUCAAGAGAUUCUCUCGAAGAAUUGAUCAAGAACGAUUAUACUCUGGAAAUGUACAGAACGUACGAAAUCAAAAGGUUCUGCAGAUACUAUCUUAACGGAUCCUGCGAUUUCAUGGCCAGAAGAAUUAUCAAGAAGAUUGAGGCAUUGGAGAUGAAGGAACAAGAGGAGAGCACUGGAACAACAUCUGCCACGUCAUCUUCAUUCAAGCCAGUCGUCGCAACGUCUUCUGCCAACAAACCAUCUACUUCUGCAUUGCCUACCGUAACCGUCGAAAAUCCUUCUGUCGUUGUGAAGAAUCCAAUUUCGAAGGACAUUUCCAUUCCACCCACAUCAUCCGUGAAUAUGCCGAAUGUGCCAGUUUCUUCGAAGUCAUCUAAACCAUUGACAUCUACUUCAUCUGCCGUACCAUCGAAGAGACCAGUGCCACUGCCUGAAAUCGUCAUCUCAUCGAAGAGAACACUUCCAACCAAAUUCGUUCCGAAGAAGAAAGAAGCAGUGUCAGUGGCCUAUCAGAAGCCAUGUGUCCCAGAAGUGAGAAGACCAUCGAUCGAUCAGAAGUUAAAUGCAGAGAAACAGCUUCAGAAGUUUAUUGAAAAGAAGAAGAUUAUUGAAGAGAAGAAAAAGGAAGGAGCCAUUCAAGUAUCGAACGUGAUGAAUGCAUUCGAAGAAGCUCGUCUCAAGAGGAAGCAAGAAGCACUCAAAGCAAGGCAACUCGGAUUCUGGGAGGAGCCAAAGGCAAAGAAGGGACGAUACUCCAAAUAUUAA